AUGCAGGAAGAAGCAAUGAGGCACUGGAACUUUACCGCGUUUGAGUGGAUUGUGCGCGACGUUCAUAAGCUAAGAGACUUCGUGGAGGGUGGCACGGCCAACGACGAAGGAUCGGAUAAUGAGGGCCAACAAGAUGACUUCGACAUAUUCAAAGAGUCUCCUAUACUUGGCGAGGGCAAGUUCAAGCUGGAAAUAGCUGACGGACGGACACCGACACUGUGUCUGUUUCUGACAUCCUUGUUGGUCGACUAUGCGCAUGACUAUGAAAUGUCUGCCUCCAUGAUGACGGCAAUCAAGUGUCAGGAUGACCGCGCUGGAGAACGGGGAGCUCGGGCGGACUGGGUAUGGGAGCACUGGGACAACGACUGGAUAUUCCGGCAGGAACGUGAAGUUUGGGAGUGUCCUUUACCGCCACUGUCGCAGUUACUGGAGUCUCCUAGGAUAGAAGAGACAGACUCGUUCGUUAUAUGCGUGCAAAUUCACAGUCCCACCGGCCCCUUCUUCCCCCAACAGUCGUCCGCAUACUACGUCCCUCGAGACCUACUCGAGGGGCUUGAAGCCUCUCUUGAUAAUGCGAAUACCGGCGAUGUGAGAUUUGUUUGUCUCGAGCGGCAAGAGCAACCGCCGCCAUCGCCGGCUUCGCCAAACACUUCGACAAGCCGGCGCUCAUCCUCGUCAUGCUCGCAUGGUCCGUUCCACUCUCACAUUACUGCCAGGAAACGCAUCAUCUUCGCGCAUUCGGAUAUCCUCACUCGUCGCUCUGAAUACUUCGCCACUAUGCUAAGUUCCGCCUUUUCCGAGAAUGCAUCCGCCGCGGGUGAACGCAAGGUCUUCACGGUCGUGGUGGAAGAAGCAGAUUUUGUCACCAUAUAUUGGCUACUGAAAUGGGUGUACGCCAACUGGUUGCUCUUCAAAGAGGCAGAUGACCCUCGGGUUGCUGUGGAUGGCGUAGGCGCGGGCUGGAGUGCUAAAUGGCUGACCAGUCGCGGUGGCAGCAGCGAGUGGGAUUGGAAGACGUUCAACAAGAAUAUCAUCAUUGACGAGGUCAAUAGGGACGACGCGAGGAGCGCUACCAGCGCAGAAAGCGCCAGGUCUAGUGGCGAGCGUCGUGGAACGAAGGGUAAGCAGCCAAUGACAACCACUGCGCCGGUUACGCCGUCCGGGUCCAAGGUGGCAGCAUCAGCCAAAACGACGCCCAGUUCUCAGCAGAGCAUGUCGCGAACCUCGUCGUCGACUUUGUCUCGGCGUACUGGUGCAGGGGCGGGACCCGCUGUAGGUUCGACUUCCGUGGCGAUCCCGAUCCCCGAUGCACCCUCUGUAUCUCAUCGUACCAAAACCGUCCCUGUUCCCGUUGCUAUUCCCUCCGCGCACUAUCCUAUAUCGCCUCUUACACACAGACAUCCUCCAUCCGUUGCUUCCACCCCUGACCCUCAUCCGCACCCUACGCGUCCACCACCACCGGCAUCGGCAUUGUCGAUGUACCAGGUCGCUCAUCGUUACGCCAUGCCUGGCCUGGCUUCGCUCGCGCUGGAACAUAUAAUGUCGACCAUCACGCCCAAGUCGAGCUUUGCCUUACUGCUGGCAACCGCUGUAUGGGACGAGCUGCACUCUUUCGUGGAGGACUACGUUGUGGAGAAGUGGGACGACGUCUCGGUUUCGGAAGAGUUUGAACAGUGCUGCCAGGAAGUUGCUGCCGGAGAGUGGGGUCCGGAAGGCGGCAAGACAAUGAUGGCUCUGUUUAGACGGCUACGUUCUCCUAGUGCCCUCGGGUUCUCGAGGCCAUGAUAAAGUCCUCGCUAUGUAUCCUGGCAUCAGUUCCCGAUCAUGAUAUUUGGUGGCAGC